AUGAUCUCUUCGAAGGCCAAAAUUCAAAAAUUUGCGCCGUGCUUCAUCGGCAAUGCAUACUUAGACUCUCAAGAGUUCCUGCGGUUCCUGCUCUUGGGUUUGCACGAGGAUAUCAAUGAGGUCAUCGAGAAACCGAAUCCCAAGUUUACAGACAUCGAUGAAAUUCUGGAUGUCAACGAAAAGGCUUCGGAAGCAUGGUCGAGAUUCUUGAAAGUGAAUAAUUGCGUUGGUCUAAUCAAGUCUUCAUUGAAAUAUUCCUCAUUGACGUUUGAUCUCUUUUGGGAUUUGUCAUUGCCACUACCACAGCAAAAGCGCAAAAUCAGUUCGUUUCAGUGCUUGGACUCAUUCACCAGAAAGGAGUCAUUGGGUGGCGAAGACAAGCCUACUUGCUCCAAAUCCAAGGAAAGGCGAAAAUGUACAUAG